AUGAUUUUUGCCAUUUGGAUCAUUACAGGAUGCUUUACAUUAGCCUCAUCACAAUUUCCUCCUGGCUUCGGCUUACCAGCAAUCAUACAUGUCGACCGCAACUGGCUCGUGAUGUCCACUGACCCUAUAGGUGCUAUAGUCACAAGGGUAUUCACAGAUAGAACAGGAUCGCGACCAGUCACAUAUGGACUAGAAACAAGUGGGCCGCCUACUCCAUUCACAAUCGAUCCUACUUCCGGUGUUGUUACUGUCAACGAUACUUUAAAGGAUAAGGAAAAUAAAUCUUACUCACUAUGGGUAACUGCCUCCGACGGAAGUUCUAUUCCACAAAGAACAGAAGUUUUUGCAACAAUAACAGAUAGAUCUGGCUCGAGACCAAAUGUACCUAGACCACCACCGUUCCCCAUACCAAGCUACCCUAACGUUCCACUGCCACCAAAGUUUACAAGAACUACUCAAAGAAUUACCAAAGCUCCAGAAAUGUUUGUUGAGGAUAUAACUGUACCUGAUACUACAACUACUACUACUGCUGCUACUAUAAUUAAUCCUAUUAAAGAAGAUGAAAAUGAACCACACAAAAACAAAAUGGUCGAUACACAAGAACCAAAACGUAACAAUACCAAAGUAGCUGUUUCAGAAACUGAAAUUGGAAACGACCUCCCGCUUACAGUUAUACCUGUUGUUGCUAUUGGUGGACUAGUAGCUGUAGUGGCUGGAGUUAUAAUAUUUGUAUGGAAAAAGAAUGAAGCUAAAAAAUCAAAGAAGGAAAAGGAUGAUAUGAGCAAAGACUCGAGUGGCAUCGUGCUUCAAGAUUCACAUGCCUUCAAUAUGUGGGAUCGCCCACGAGCCUAUUCAAAUCGUUAUGAGUCCUGGGAUAACAACCAUUUGCAACUUUCCGAAGAAACAACGAUAAGCAAAGAUGAGCCUCGCGAUGAAUGGGAAUUUCCGAGACAUCGAAUAAGAAUAUUUAAUAUUGUCGGUGAAGGUGCCUUCGGACAAGUAUGGCGAGCACAAGCUAUUGAUAUAGACGGUAAAAAAGGAGAGCAGACAGUUGCUGUGAAAACUUUAAAAGAAAAUGCGUCAGAAAAGGAGAAAACCGAUUUAAUACAAGAGUUAACUGUUAUGAAGAAUUUGGGAAACCAUCCAAACGUAGUCAGGCUCAUAGGAUGUUGCACUGAAAAGGAACCAACAUUCGUGAUCAUGGAAUUUGUCAGUCUGGGCAAACUACAACAAUUUUUAAGGGACUCUCGGGCUGAGCGCCACUACGGUAACACACAUGGUGGCAGUCAGUUCCUCACUUCGAGAGACCUCACGCACUUCGCUUUCCAAGUCGCGAGGGGCAUGGACUUCCUUAGUUCUAAUGGGAUAAUACACAGAGAUCUGGCUGCUCGUAACGUCCUCAUCACUGAAGACAGAACGUGCAAAGUUGCCGAUUUCGGUUUUGCAAGGGACGUGGCAGGAACUCACGUAUAUGAAAGAAAAAGCGAUGGACGUUUGCCAAUACGAUGGAUGGCACCAGAGUCGUUAUACGACGAUAUAUUUAGUGUUAAGUCUGAUAUUUGGAGUUUUGGAGUGCUUCUAUGGGAGAUUGUGACAUUAGGCUCCACUCCGUACCCGGGCCUUUCAGCUGGAGAUGUUAUGAGAAAGGUGCGAGAUGGACAUCGUUUAGAAAAGCCAGAACACUGUCGACGAGAGCUCUACAAUAUUAUGUAUUAUUGUUGGGAGGCUGAACCCACUUCACGGCCUGACUUUAAAGAAGUAGUCUCAAUGUUAGAGCGUUUAUUGUGUACUGAAAUGGACUAUAUCGAACUAGAGCGAUUUCCCGACCACUCUUAUUAUAAUGUACAGCAUUUAGAUGGGGAGAAGUUA